CGAAGCCGGAACAAUGGUUCAGGGCACUUUCUCAGUUGCCGGUUCAGGGCACUAGAAGGGCCACGGGUACGUACAGUUGUGGGCGGGCGAGUGUGUGAGCCACCGGAACGUGGCAUUUAUUUUAGCGACCCUUGGCGAUCCGGUAGCCGUCAGUUAAUUGAGUGAUUUUGUGCCAACCGGACGCGCUUCAGGUGGAGCCAGCAGCAGCAGCACCAGCAGUAGCGGCGAGUUUGAUUGUUUUGGGAAGUGGCUGUGUAUCCUUGGGUUGGGAGGCCUUGGGUUUUCUGGUGAAAAAUGUGGAAAUUCGUCCCGAUCGUGUUGGUGGCGAUUAUCGUCGUCGGGAUGGUCCGAGCCGCGGAGGAUGAGGCCAAACUGGCGAAGGAUUCGUAUUUGGUGGCGUUGACAAACUCGCACAAAAUUAACGCCCAACCGUUCAAAGGCACACCGAUUCGGAUAUCGCGUGGGGACUACAAUGUUGCCCCGUCCAGCUCCUACGACUACAGUCUUCCCUCGGGAAGCUACGGUCCUCCCACUGCAACCGGUAACGAGUUGUACCAGCCGGUUCCUCACAAAGAGUACGGUCUCCCGCCGAAACCCGUAUACGGACCACCGAAACCGAUCUACGGACCUCCUCCACCGCCACCACCACCACCAUCCGGUCCCAUGAGCCAUGGUAUGCCGUACUUCAGCCCCGAGAACUGGCUGCUCAGCAAGCUGAAGUUUAAGUUCGACUUGUUCACGGUCGCAAAAAUCCUGCUGAAGUUGGUUAUCUUCAAAAAAAUCGUAAAAUUCAUCGCCCUGCUUUGCCUGCUGUUCUUCAUCCCGACGCUCAAACCAUCCGGUGGUGGUGGCCACAGCGACGAGAGCAGUGAAGAGGAGCGCCGACGGUCGUAUGAUAUGAAAUUUGACUACCAACGGCGGGUUAGCAACAUGACGCAGUUCGCUCUGACCGCGCUGGAGGCUUUUACCGUUGACAAUGCCCUUUAUUGCCCAGAGGAGAACCUGCUGUCCUGCCGAUUCAAGCGCAUGUUCGACGUGAUCGAUGAGUCUUACCCUGCAUCGAGGAUUUACUCCAUCUACCUUCCAAAGGAAGCCACGAAUGACAGCAGCAGCUCUGCGUCACGAUCCUCGGAGGAAAACGAUCGAAUGGGUGCACAUGUCGAUGCCAAUGUCGGGCAGGAGGAACAAUUUUAG